AUGUAUUGGGGGAUCUAUCCGUUAAAGUACCAUUCCGUCGACGUUCAGAAUCCAGCACUUGUCGAACCGCUGAAGCGAAUCUUGAGAGACAUGAUGGGGUCCUGGCUGGACACAGAGUACAAGCUCACAUUCACCGAGCCACUCCCAGAUUUAUGGUUUUGUCAAGAGGAGAUUGCCAACCUCGCAAUGGCUGCGGAGAAUGCGGACGCCUUGAAGCCGUACCUGCAGCUCCCAUUAACCAUUAUGAAUGAAAUAUUCGCUGAACUCAGGUUCGUCUACAAGAAGAUCCAAAAGGCUGCUUUGGUAGACUUCAAAAGCGCAUGGACGCUGUUUCCGCGAAAUCGUCCAGUUUACAGCUUCGCACUCAACGCCGACAUGCUCUGCAAGGUUGAGAGUGUGGAAUACAAGACCGUGGCAACAAGGUUCACGGCCAAGAUCCUCAACUUCAACGGCUCCGAGUUUGUCUGGCAGACCAUCAGCCUGGGAAUUCCCGCAUUCAAAGACGGCAAGCCUAAUGUUCAAGGGCGCAUCCUAGUCGAUGUUGUCGGAUAUCACAAGUAUCACUCCACAAAAGGUCUACGAGAGUAUGAGGAUCCAAGCAUUGAGCGGGCAAAGGCUGCGAGGCGCAGUGCCAGGGCUGCCGGUGAGGAUGUCAACUUCAACGUACAUGACCAUGGAAAUAGCCAAGAAGCGGUGCCGGAUGAGCAGACGACUGCCGUUAAGAGGCGACGGCUUACUGAUGCCGAGAUACUGGAGAAUAAGAGCUUUGUGCUCGAGAAGCACGAGGACCUGGCGUACGUAUCCGGACUGACUGGCGGAUAUGCACUAAAGAAUAAGCUUUGGAGUGAGUGCAAUGAACCAAUGAACCACAGUAAGCUCAAGAAGCUAACCUAUUACACAGUGAACUUUUAUCUUGAAGACAUAGAGCCUACGGUAUGGAAUGACAAAGCCUACGAGCACUUGGUGUCUGAUAGCUCCAGCUCCAUAUCUGGCACAAGUGUAACCGCCUCGCCGCUUUUAGUAGACAAUGUUAUUGUUGGAAAGGGACAAGGUCUUAUUGUUCUCCUAUCAGGGCCUCCUGGUACGGGUAAGACGCUGACAGCAGAAGCCGUCGCGGACCAUACCCAUCGUCCUCUUUUCCACCUGCAAGCGGAGGAUUUCGGAACCAGCGCUGCAAGUCUGGGCGAGAAGCUCAAAAGGGUCUUUAAAAUGGCCACGGACCGGAACGCCGUGAUUCUUCUAGACGAGGCAGGUGUCUUUAUGACAUGCAGAAAUCCAGGCGACAUUGUUCGCAACGAGCUCGUUAGCAUUUUUCUCUCAGAACUCGAGUAUUUCCAGGGCAUCAUCUUCCUGACAACCAAUCUGUACGAGACUAUUGACACUGCUUUCCGCAGCCGAGUCCGUCUGCACCUGCUCUUCCCGGCUCUGAGCAAAGAGGCCAGGGAGAAGGAAUGGCGGCGCUUCUUGCCGAUGAGAUGA